AUGCCUCGAAUCUAUACCUUGAAUGAUAUAGGUAAUAGUGGUAGUAGUAAACUUGGAAGCCCUCCAUCCAAUCGAUAUCCACCUAGUCGUUUAGAGCUUGAAGAACAGCUAAAAAAAGAUCGUGAAAUGUUUAUAAGAUCUGCCAAACAGCUUAUAACUAAAUAUCAUACCUUAGAUAAAGAAAAUAAGCAAAAUGAGCAUAUGCAAAAUGAUCUAGAUUACUUGCAUGAAGAAAAUGAGCAAAUAGAAUCGCUAAAGUCUGAGAUUAAUUUGAAGGAUUUUGAAAUUACCUCUUUUGAGGCUAGAAUAAAUGAAUUGGAGGCUGAGUUAGAACAAACAGCACAAAAAGCUUUAUUAAAGGAUACUGAUACUACCCUGUCACUUCAUGAGAUUAAAGUGAAGGAAUUGAAAAAUAAACUGGAGCAAGUUACGCAAAAUUUAUCAUUUAGAGAUAGAUUAAUUUUCUGUCUCCGAUCUAGGGUAAGUGAUCUGGAAGAUGAACUAGAACAGAUCUCUCUAAAACCAGAUUCGUCAUCUAAUGAUUCGAAAACAGGUGGCGAUGCAGUAGAAAAGGUAUCUGGUUUCUCUAAAACACACUCUUUUUCUUCACACCACUCAGAGCCUGAACUCAAUGAAAGCAAAGUAAAAGAUGUG